AUGAACUUUGAAGAGUUGAAAAACACAGCCGUCGUGUUCUCAGGGCCAAAGAGGAAAAGGCCCAUCCAAGCUGUUAUUAGCAUCAGGUCCAAAAGCCAGUGUCUGUAUGUGCCAGGGGUGUGCCAGUGUCUGUGUGUGCCAGGGGUGUGUCAGUGUCUUUGUGUGCCAGGGGUGUGUCAGUGUGUGCCAGGGGUGUGUCAGUGUCUGUGUCUGCCAGGGGUGUGUCAGUGUCAGUGUGUGCCAGGGGUGUGUCAGUGUCAGUGUGUGCCAGGGGUGUGCCAGUGUCAGUGUGUGCCAGGCGUGUGCCAGGCGUGUGCCAGUGUCUGCGUGUGCCAGUGUCUGUGUGUGCCAGGGGUGUGUCAGUGUCUGUGUGUGCCAGGGGUGUGUCAGUGUCUGUGUGUGCGCCAGGGGUGUGUCAGUGUCUGCCAGGCGUGUGCCAGUGUCUGGGUGUGUCAGUGUCUGUGUGUGCCAGGGGUGUGUCAGUGUCUGUGUGUGCCAGGGGUGUGUCAGUGUCUGUAUGGGCCAGGGGUGUGUCAGUGUCUGUGUGUGCGCCAGGGGUGUGUCAGUGUCUGUGUGUGCCAGGGGUGUGUCAGUGUCUGUGUGUGCCAGGGGUGUGUCAGUGUCUGUGUGUGCCAGGGGUGUGUCAGUGUCUGUAUGGGCCAGGGGUGUGUCAGUGUCUGUGUGUGCGCCAGGGGUGUGUCAGUGUCUGUGUGUGCCAGGCGUGUGCCAGUGUCUGUGUGUGCCAGGCGUGUGCCAGUGUCUGUGUGUGCCAGACGUGUGCCAGUGUCUGUGUGUGCCAGGCGUGUGCCAGUGUCUGUGUGUGUGUGUGUGUGUGUGUGUGUGUGUGUGCCAGGGGUGUGUCAGUGCCCCCACAUCUGUGAAGGCACCAUUAAUGCAGACAUAUAUGUACACAUUUUGGAGCAGCAUACACUGCCAUCCAGCACCGUCUUCUCCAGGGACGUCCCAGAGUUUUCAGCAGGACGACUUGAAACACAUACGGUCGGGAUUAUAAGUGCAUGUCUGUGA